GUUUACGGAAGUGACGUCUGACGUGACGUGUCGUUUUCCGCACAGGCGUCCAGGAACGAAGAAAAAAAAUCACGAAUCUCAGGCGAGAAGCGCGCUUAUAGAUCAUAAAUGUCAUAAAGAUCGGCGACCAGCGCGAUUGUGAUCAUGUGUGCGACGCCGAGGAGCGCCCGCGGCUGAGGACCGGCGCUUUAAUUGACGCGAGUGCCGCGGCGAGGUUUGUUUAUGUGUCGCGAGACGCCUCGGUCGGGUUAAGUGAUUUAUUAAGCAUUCGUUAGAGUUGAAUUGCCGUCGAAUGAGUGUGAAGAUGUCGACCAGCAGCCCCGAGGCGGUGAAGAAACUCCUGGAGAACAUGCAGGCGGAUCUGCGCUCUCUGUCCAUGGAGUGCAAGAAGAAAUUUCCUCCAGUCAAAGAGGCCGCAGAGUCUGGCAUCGUCAAGAUCAAAACCAUCGCUGCUAGAAACACGGACAUCCUGGCAGCGCUGAAGGAGAACAGUUCAGAGGUGGUCCAGCCGUUCCUCAUGGGCUGCGGAACCAAAGAACCCAAAAUCACCCAGCUGUGUCUCGCCGCCAUUCAGAGACUCAUGUCACAUGAGGUCGUGUCCGAGGCGGCGGCUGGGAACAUCAUUAACAUGCUGUGGCAGCUGAUGGAGAACGGACUGGAGGAGCUCAAACUGCUGCAGACGGUUCUGGUGCUGCUCACCACUAACACCAUCGUACACGAUGAAGUUCUGUCCAAGGCCAUCGUUCUGUGUUUCCGCUUGCACUUCACUAAAGACAACAUCACCAACAACACGGCGGCCGCCACCGUCAGACAGGUCGUGACCGUGGUGUUCGAGAGGAUGGUGGCAGAGGACGAGAAAUUCAAAGGUCUGACAGAAGAGCCUCCUGCUGUCCAGGGCAACAGUAACCGGCGCUCCGUCAGCUCCCUGAGACCCAGCGCUAAAGACGCCUACAUGCUGUUCCAGGAUUUGUGUCAGCUGGUGAACGCUGACGCCCCCUACUGGUUGGUGGGAAUGACCGAGAUGACCCGGACGUUCGGCCUCGAGCUGCUGGAAUCGGUUUUAAACGACUUUCCUGAAGUUUUCCUGCAGCAUCAGGAGUUCAGUUUCCUGCCCAACAUCAAGUUCCGUCAGGGCAGCAGUAGCAGCGCGUCGUCUCCGGCGCCCGUGGAGAAACCCUACUUCCCCAUCUGCAUGAGACUGCUGCGGGUCGUCUCGGUUCUCAUCAAACACUUCUACAGCCUCCUGGUGACGGAGUGUGAGAUCUUCCUGUCUCUGCUGGUGAAGUUUCUGGAUGGAGAGAAGCCGCAGUGGCUGAGAGCCGUGGCGGUGGAGUCUGUGCACAGACUGUGUGUUCAGCCGCAUUUACUGCAGUCUUUCUGUCAGUCGUACGACAUGAAGCAGCACUCCACCAAAGUCUUCAGAGACAUCGUCAACGCUCUGGGCUCCUUCAUCCAGUCGCUCUUCAUCCUCCCCAGCGCAGGAAACGCCUCGUCCACCAGCACACCUGCAGGUGGGUCUGUGUCGGGUUCUCAGGCGUCCGGUCAGGGAGGUCCGGGUGCGGCAGGAGCAGGGGCAGGUCUGACUACACAAGCCGCGUUUGAGUACCGGGGCACCUGGAUCCCCCUCAUGAACGUCAGCGUCCAGGGCAGCGCCAAAGCCACCUAUCUGGAGAUGCUGGAUAAGGUGGAGCCGCCCUCCAUCCCUGAAGGUUACGCCAAUAAUAUCGCCCUGCUGGAUCUGGUGAGGGGAAUCACCUCCAUGAUCGAGAGAGGACUCAACAAACAGGAACAGGAAGCCACCAUGAGGGAGGAGGCGGAGCCUGUUAGUCCCCCACAGAGUGACAGCCUCCCUCAGGAUCCCAUGGCUAAUGAGGUUUGGGAGGAGAUGGUGAACGCCUGCUGGUGCGGUCUGUUAGCGGCUCUUUCACUGCUGCUGGACGCUAGUACUGAUGAGACGGCUACAGAAAGCAUCCUGAAAGCCGAGCUGUCCGUGGCGUCUCUGUGCGGUCGUCUGAGUUUGGUGACACCGCGUGACGCUUUUAUUACGGCUAUCUGUAAAGCAUCUCUCCCUCCUCACUACGCCCUCACCGUCCUGAGCAACGCCGCCAACCUGUCCAAUAAAGGUACGAGAGCACUCACAGCGAAGAACAUUCAGUGCAUGCGGACGCUGCUGAAUUUGGCUCAUUGUCAUGGUGCUUAUCUGGGAACCUCAUGGCAGCUGGUUUUAGCCACACUACAGCAUCUGGUGUGGAUUCUGGGUCUGAAACCAGCUGUUGGUGGAGUUCUGAAGCCCGGGAGAGCUGUGGAGGGUCCGAGCACGGUUUUGACCACAGCGGUGAUGACCGAUCUACCCGUCAUAUCAAAUAUCCUUUCCAGACUCUUUGAAAGCUCACAAUACCUGGAUGACGUGUCUCUGCAUCACCUGAUAAACGCUCUGUGCUCUUUAUCCAUGGAGGCCAUGGAGAUGGCUUACGGAAACAACAAGGAGCCGUCUCUAUUCGCAGUGGCCAAACUGUUAGAGACCGGACUGGUUAAUAUGGACCGGAUCGAGAUUCUCUGGAGGCCGCUGACGGCUCAUUUACUGGAGGUCUGUCAGCAUCCUAACGCUAGAAUGAGGGAGUGGGGCGCAGAGGCCAUCACCUCGCUGAUCAAAGCUGGACUCUCCUUUAAACACGAGCCACCGCUGUCCCAGAACCAGAGGCUGCAGCUGCUGCUUCUGAACCCUCUGAAGGAGCUCUCCAACGUCCUUCACACCGAUAUCCGACAGAAACAGCUGGAGUGUGUCCUACAGAUCCUGCAGAACCAGGGAGACAGUCUCGGACCGGGAUGGCCUCUGGUGCUGGGGGUCAUUGGAGCGAUCCGCAAUGACCAGGGUGAAUCCCUCAUACGAACAGCCUUCCAGUGCCUGCAGUUGGUGGUGACCGACUUCCUACCCACAAUGCCUUGCAUGUGCCUCCAAAUUGUGGUGGAUGUAGCUGGCAGCUUUGGGCUCCAGAACCAGGAGCUGAACAUCAGCCUGACGUCUAUCGGCUUGCUGUGGAACAUCUCAGACUACUUCUUCCAAAGGGGAGAAGCUAUUACAGAGGAGCUGGAGAGGGAGGAAGCGGUUCUCUUGAAACAGGCCCAAGAUAAAGGUGAACCUCUGAACCGACCCUUCCACCCUGCGCCACCCUUUGACUGCCUGUGGUUGUGCCUGUAUGCCAAGCUGGGUGAGUUGUGCGUGGACCCACGGCCGGCUGUGAGGAAAAGCGCCGGCCAGACAAUGUUCUCUACCAUUGCUGCUCACGGAACGCUGCUGCAACCACCGACCUGGAACAUUGUGGUUUGGAAGGUUCUCUUUCAUCUGCUGGACUGUGUAAGGAAGUCCUCCACCACGGCCGACAAGGAAAAGAUCGAAUCCGGAGGUGGAAACAUCCUCAUCCACCACUCACGUGACACAGCAGAGAAACAGUGGGCAGAAACAUGGGUUCUGACGCUUGCGGGCGUAGCUCGGAUCUUCAACACCAGGAGAUACCUGCUUCAGCAGCUGGGUGACUUUUUCAAGGCUUGGGAAGUUCUGUUGGACCACAUCCAGUCCGCUGCGCUCAGCAAGAACAAUGAGGUUUCCCUCGCCGCCCUCAAGAGCUUCCAGGAGAUCCUCCAGCUAGUCACGCCCAUGAAAGACACGGAUAAACUCGACGUUCUCGCAGCUAUGGACGUUCCUCCUGUCCUUAUGGAGUCUCUUCAAGGUUCUGGGCCAGGAAGACCCCUAGUCCGGUCUGAUUCCCUUGCCGAGCGACUAGUCCAGCGCUACGGCGCGCAAUCUUCACUUCCACCACCUGGAGAGGAGCUGGACGACUCGGCCCUCUGGUGGUCAGCGUGGAACACUUGGUACCGGAUAGGAACCGAGUGCACGCGACCCCCUAGUGGUGGAAAAGAUAAACUAGUGUUCGUACCCAGUCAGCCUUUCCUGACGGCGCUAAUACAGAUUUUCCCAGCGUUGUACCAGCACAUCGCAGGAGGGUUCAGCAUGGAGGAUCUCAAGAAGCUGGGGGUGAUUCUGCAUGGAGCCGUGUCUGUCCCCAUAAGCUCAGACUCCUCGCCCUUCAUCUUGCCCUCCUACAUGGAAGCGGUGCUCACCAGCCUGCAGGAAGCGGUCCUGACCGCCCUUGAUGUCCUGCAGAAGGCAAUUUGUGUGGGUUUGGAGAAUCUCCAGGUGAUGUAUCCCGCCAUCUUUGAGCAGCUCCUGCUGUUUGUGGAGUUCUCCUGUAAACCUCCUCAGUAUGGGAAGAUGGAGACCAAACAUGUGGCCAAUGCCAAAUACAACCAGAUCCAACUGUUUGCACCGGCGGAGUGGGUGGCCUUAAACUACGUGCCGUUUGCGGAGCGAUCUUUGGAGGUGUUGGUCGAUCUGUAUCAUAAAACAGCCUGUCACAAAGCCGUCAUCAACGAAAAAGUCCUACAGAACAUCAUCAAGACUCUGAAGAUUCCUCUGGGUCUGAAGUACGCCUGUCCUGCAGAGAGCACCUGGAAACUAGCCGUCUCUUCUCUGCUCAAAGUGCUUUCCAUUGGACUCCCUGUUGCUCGGCAACAAGCAUCCUCAGGCAAAUUUGACACAAUGUGGCCAGAGCUGGCGAACGCCUUUGAGGACUUCCUGUUUACCAAAAGCACACCUCCAGAUAAUCGGUCCAUACAAGAGUUCCAGAGGAAUGAAGCUAUAGAUGUCGAGGUGGUGCAAUUGAUCAGCACAGAGAUCUUACCAUUUGCCAAUUUCAUACCCAAAGAGUUCGUAGGCCGUAUCAUGAGCAUGCUUAAUAAAGGAUCGAUUCACUCCCAGUCAUCAUCGUUCACAGAGGCUGAAAUGGACAUCCGUAUGCGGGAGGAGUUCUCUAAGGUGUGUUUCGAGACGCUCCUGCAGUUCUCCUUCAGUAAUAAGGUGUCGACGCCGCAGGAGGGCUACAUCUCCCGUAUGGCGCUGUCAGUGCUGCUGCAGAGAGCUCAGGAUGUGCUCCGACGAUACGUGAAUGACGAGAGACUCAGUGGACGCUGCCCACUGCCCAGGCAACAAGUGACUGAGAUCAUCUUUGUGUUAAAAGCCAUCAGCACUCUCAUGGAUUCCUUGAAAAAGACUCAACCAGAGAACGUGGAUGGGAACGUGUGGGUUCAGGUGAUCGCGCUCUACCCGACGCUAGUGGAGUGCAUCACCUGCUCGUCUCCUGAAGUAAGCUCCGCCCUCAAAGACGCCCUGGGGCCCUUUAAAGACUUCAUGCAACCGCCUGUCUCCAAAGUGCAGAACGGCGAAUCGUGACUGAACGUUUUUAUUCCACCGCAAACAUGAAUGUGACUGUUUCAUACGCCGCGCGUGAAGACGAUUCACCCCCAUCGUCAUGGUAACUGUUGAUUGACAGCUCCAAUCGCAUCAUUCGAAGCUUCUUCUAAUACGAGCUGACGGUAGACUCUGAUUGGCCGACGACUUUAACGAUGUAUUAACUGCUACGUUCAAUUUGCAGUGUUUGUUGUUUUUAUGGGUUUUUGCCCCCCCCCCCCCGGAGUUAAUGUACAGUGUUUGGUGAUUAGUGUUAAAGAUUUAAUUAAGAAUGACCUAUUGGGAUUGAAAAUCAUUUAAUAAGAGAGAACUACAAAUCAUAAUAAAUACAUGAAGGGUGGUCUUUUUUUGUGUGAAAUUUUCUCAACAGCAAUGGGUUUUAUGCAAGAUCGUACUGUAACAUUCCAUGUCAUCGUUAGUCACAUUCAGAAGGGUGUGUACAAUAAUAAAUGGUACAGUUCUAUGAACAUCAAA